AUGUCACAGAAACCACUGUCUGCAUACCGACUAGAGAAACCAGUGUCUGCAAAUCGAUUAGAGGUCACAGAAACCACUGUCUGCGAAAUCGAACCAGAGGUCACCAGAAAAGGACUGUCUGCAAAUCGACUAGAGGUCACAGAAACCACGGCCUGCAAAUCGACUAGGAGGUCACAGAAACCACUGUCUGCAAAUCGACUAGAGAAGUCACAUGAAACCACUGUCUGCAAAUCGACUAGAGGUCAGAGUAAACCACUGUCUGCAUAUCGACUAGAGGUCAGAGGAAACCACUGUCUGCAAUUCGACAAGUGGUCACAGAAACCACUGUCUGCAAAUCGACUAGACGUCACAGAAACCACUAGGUUACAGGAGACAACUGUCUGCAAAUCGACUAGAGGUUACAGAAAGCACUGUCUCCAAAUCGACUUGAGGUCACAGAAACCACUGUCUGCAAAUCGACUAGAGGUCACAGAAACCACUGUCUGCAAAUCGACUAGAGGUCACAGGAAACCACUGUCUGCAAAUCGACAAGUGGUCACAGAAACCACUGUCUGCAAAACGACUAGACGUCACAGAAACCAAUGUCUAAAUCGACUAGAGGUCACAGAAACCACUGUCUGCAUAUCGACUAGAGAAGAUUUUACCACGAUUUUUCUGUUUCUAUUCAAUGGAUAUCUAUCUAUCUAUCUAUCUAUCUAUCUAUCUAUCUAUCUAUCUACAGAAGUCUUGUUCAUAUCUAUCUAUUUCAGUCUGUUCCCUAUCUAUCUAUGA